AUGGGGCUGCCACUGGCCCGCCUGGCAGCUGUCUGCCUGGCCCUGUCCUUGGCCAGGGGCUCAGAGCUCCAGAGAGAAGGCAGGACCCAAAACCACGGCCACAACGUCUGCAGCACCUGGGGCGACUUUCACUACAAGACUUUCGACGGGGACAUCUUCCGCUUUCCCGGCCUCUGCGACUACAACUUCGCCUCCGACUGCCGAGACUCCUACAAAGAGUUCGCCGUGCACCUGAAGCGGGGCCUGGACAGUGGCGGGGGCCUCCCCCAGGUCGAGUCCGUCCUGCUGACCGUCGGAGACGACACCAUCUACCUCACCGGCCAGCUGGUGGUGGUGAACGGGGCCAUGGUCAGCACCCCGCACUACAGCUCCGGGCUGCUCAUUGAGAAGAACGAGGCCUACACCAAGGUCUACUCCCGCAGCGGCAUCACCCUGAUGUGGAACCGGGAGGACUCACUCAUGCUGGAGCUGGACAGUAAGUUCCAGAACCACACCUGCGGCCUCUGUGGGGACUACAACGGCCUGCAGACCUACUCGGAAUUCCUCUCUGAAGGCAUACUCUUCAGUCCCAUCGAGUUUGGGAACAUGCAGAAGAUCAGCAAGCCUGAGGUGGAGUGUGAGGACCCAGAGGAGGUGACGGGGACGUCCUCCGAGUCCUGCUCUGAGCACCGCGACGACUGCGAGAGUCUGCUGACCGCCGAGGCCUUCGAGCCGUGCCAGGCGCUGCUGCCGCUGGAGCCCUACGUGCUCGCCUGCAUGCAGGACCGCUGCCAGUGCGCGGGGAACCGCUCCUGCGUCUGCAGCACGCUCGCCGAGUUCUCCCGCCAGUGCUCGCACGCCGGCGGCCAGCCCGGCACCUGGAGGACCGACACGCUCUGCCCCAAGAGCUGCCCCGGGAACAUGAUUUACCUGGAGAGCGGCUCGCCCUGCAUGGACACCUGCUCUCACCUGGAGGUCAGCAGCCUGUGCGAGGAGCACCGCAUGGACGGCUGUUUCUGCCCGGAAGACACUGUAUAUGAUGACGUUGCGGGCAGCGGCUGCAUCCCUGUGAGCCAGUGUCACUGUAAGCUGCAUGGACGCCUGCACGCACCAGGCCAGGAGGUUACCAACGACUGCGAGCACUGUGUCUGCAACGCCGGCCGCUGGGUGUGCACAGACCUGCCAUGCCCCGGGACCUGCGCCCUGGAAGGUGGCUCGCACAUCACCACCUUUGAUGGGAAAAAGUUCACCUUCCAUGGGGACUGCUACUAUGUCCUGAGCAAGGGCGACCACAACGACUCCUACGCCCUCCUGGGCGAGCUGGCCCCCUGCGGCUCCACGGACAAGCAGACCUGCCUGAAGACGGUGGUGCUGCUGGCCGACAAGAGGAAGAACGUGGUGGUCUUCAAGACUGACGGCAGCGUGAUGCUGAAUGAACUGCAGGUCAACCUGCCCCACGUGACUGCGAGCUUCUCCAUCUUGCAACCUUCCUCCUACCACAUCAUCGUGAACACGGCCUAUGGCUUGCGGCUGCAGGUGCAGCUGGUCCCUGUCAUGCAGCUCUUUGCCACGCUGGAGCAGGACGCCCAGGGGCAGGUGCAGGGCCUCUGCGGGAACUUCAAUGGCUUGGAAAGCGAUGACUUCAAGACAGCCAGCGGGCUGGUGGAGGCCACAGGAGCCAGCUUUGCCAACACCUGGAAGGCCCAGUCGAGCUGCCAGGACAAGCUGGACUGGCUGGAUGACCCCUGCUCCCUCAACAUCGAGAGUGCCAACUAUGCUGAGCACUGGUGCUCCCUCCUGAAGAGCACGGAGACCCCCUUUGGCAGGUGCCACUCAGCCGUGGACCCCACUGAGUAUUACAAGAGGUGCAGAUAUGACACCUGCAACUGCGAGAACAACGAGGACUGCAUGUGCGCGGCUCUGUCCUCCUAUGCGCGCGCCUGUGCCACCAAGGGCGUCAUGCUGUGGGGCUGGCGGGAGCGGGUCUGCAACGAGGACGUGGACUCCUGCCCUAACUCGCAGAUCUUCCUGUACAACCUGACCACCUGCCAGCGGACGUGCCGCUCACUGUCCGAGGCUGACACUCACUGCCUCAAGGGCUUUGCACCUGUGGACGGCUGCGGCUGCCCCGACCGCACCUUCCAGGAUGAGAAGGGCCGCUGUGUGCCCCUCGCCAAGUGCUCCUGCUACCACCAAGGCCUCUACCUGGAGGCGGGGGACGUGGUCUUGAGGCAGGAGGAGCGAUGCGUUUGCCAGAACGGGAGGCUGCAUUGCCAGCUGGUCAAGCUCCUGGGCCAGAGCUGUGCGGACCCGAAGAUCCACGUGGACUGCAGCAAUCUGACGGCGCUGGCCGUCUUGAAACCCCGCCCCAUGAGCUGCCAGACGCUGGCUGCCGGCUAUUACCAUACGGAGUGUAUCAGCGGCUGCGUGUGUCCCGAUGGGCUGAUGGAUGAUGGCCGAGGUGGCUGUGUGGUGGAGGAAGAGUGCCCGUGUGUGCACAACAAGGACCUGUACUCCCCAGGGGACAAGAUCCAGGUGGACUGCAACACCUGCACCUGCCAGAAAGGACACUGGGUGUGCACCCAGUCCAUGUGCCAUGGCACCUGUUCCAUCUAUGGGAGUGGCCACUACAUUACCUUUGACGGGAAAUACUAUGACUUUGACGGGCACUGCUCCUACGUGGCUGUUCAGGAUUACUGUGGCCAGAACUCCUCGCUGGGCACCUUCAGUGUCAUCACUGAGAAUGUUCCCUGUGGCACCACUGGUGUCACCUGCUCCAAGGCCAUCAAGAUCUUCCUGGGGAAGACGGAGCUGAAGUUGGAAGACAAGCACCGCAUAGUGAUCCAGCGCGACGAGGGCCACCACGUGGCCUACACCACGCGGGAGGUGGGCCAGUACCUGGUGGUCGAGGCCAGCAUCGGCAUCAUUGUCAUCUGGGACAAGAGGACCACCGUCUUCAUCAAGCUGGCCCCCUCCUACCAGGGCACGGUGUGCGGCCUGUGCGGGAACUUCGACUACCGCUCCAACAACGACUUCACCACGCGGGACCACAUGGUGGUGAGCAGCGAGCUGGACUUCGGGAACAGCUGGAAGGAGGCCCCCACCUGCCCGGACGUGAGCACCACCCCCGAGCCCUGCAGCCUGAACCCGCACCGGCGCGCCUGGGCCGAGAAGCAGUGCAGCAUCCUCAAGAGCUCGGUGUUCGGCGCCUGCCACAGCAAGGUGGACCCCACGGUCUUCUAUGAUGCCUGCGUGCACGAUUCGUGCUCCUGUGACACUGGCGGGGACUGCGAGUGCUUCUGCUCUGCUGUGGCCUCCUAUGCCCAGGAGUGCACCAAGGAGGGCGCCUGUGUGUUCUGGAGGACACCAGACCUGUGCCCCGUCUUCUGUGACUACUACAACCCCCGGGACGAGUGUGAGUGGCACUACGAGCCCUGUGGGAACCGCACCUUCGAGACCUGCAGGACCAUCAACGGCAUCCACUCCAACAUCUCUGUGUCCUACCUGGAGGGCUGCUACCCCCGGUGCCCCAAGAACAGGCCCAUCUACGAUGAGGACCUGAAGAAGUGUGUCUCGGGGGACAAGUGUGGCUGUUAUGUCGAGGACACCCGCUACCUACCCGGAUCAUCAGUUCCCACUGAGGAGAUCUGCAAGUCUUGCGUGUGCUCCAGCUCCUCAGAAGUCAUCUGCCGGCCGGAGGAAGGACAAAUCCUCAACCAGACCCAGGAUGGCGCCUUCUGCUACUGGGAGAUCUGUGGCCCCAACGGGACAGUGGAGAAGCACUUCAACAUCUGUGUGUCCACCACACCACCCCCAUCCACCCUGACGACCUCCACUACCGUCCCCACCACCACCACCGCCACCGCCGCCACCAUCACCACCACCACCACCACCCCGACCCCCAGCACAGAGCUGUGCUGCUUCUGGUCUGACUGGAUCAACGAAGACCACCCGAGCAGUGGCGGUGAUGACGGGGACCAAGAGACAUUCGACAGUGUCUGUGUGGCUCCUGAGGACAUUGAAUGCAGGUCAGCCACAGAGCCUCACCUCAGCUGGGAGGAGCUCGGCCAGAAGGCAAAGUGCGACAUAUCGCUUGGGUUCAUUUGCAAGAAUGAAGAGCAAUUCGGGAAUGGACCAUUCGGACUAUGUUAUGACUACGAGAUACGUGUGAAAUGUUGCCUGCCGAUGGAUGAGUGCCCUGUGUCCACCCCAGCCACAACCACCACCACCACAACUCCCAGCCCUACACCAGUGCCCGCCUCUACCACCUCACCAACAGCCACGACCACCCCUCCAACAGCGCCCACCUCUGCCACCUCACCAACGGCAACGCCCACCCGUCCACCAACAACCACCUCUGCCUCCUCACCAACGGCCACGCCCAGCCAUACACCAACGCCUACCUCUACCAGCUCACCAACGACCACACCCACGCAUCCACCAACGACCACCAUUACCACCUCACCAACGGCCACUGCCACGCCUCCACCAGUGCCCACCUCUGCCACCUCACCAACGGCCACGACCACGCCUCCACCAACAACCACCUCUACCACCUCAUCAACGGCCAGGCCCAGCCCACCACCAACUCACACCUAUACCACCUCACCAACAGCCACGCCCACGCCUCCACCAACAACCACCUCUACCACCUCACCAACGGCCACGCCCACCCCUCCACCAACGACCACCUUUACCACCUCACCAACGGCCACACCCACGCCUCCACCAGUGCCCACCUCUACCACCUCACCAACGGCCACGCCCAGCCAUACACCAACGCCUACCUCUACCACUUCACCAACAGCCAUGCCCACGCAUCUACCAACGCCCACCUCUACAACCUCAUCAAUGGCCACAGCCAGCCCUCCACCUACGCACACCUCUACCACUUCACCAACCGCAUCAACGACCACCUCUACCACCUCACCAACGGCCAGGCCCAGCCCACCACCAACGCCCACCUCUACCACCUCACCAACAGGCACGCCCACGCCUCCACCAACAACCACCUCUACCACCUCACCAACGGCCACGCCCACCCCUCCACCAACGACCACCUUUACCACCGCACCAACGGCCACUGCCACACCUCCACCAGUGCCCACCUCUGCCACCUCACCAACAGCAACGCCCACACCUCCAUCAACGACCACCUCUACCACCUCAUCAACGGCCAGGCCCAGCCCACCACCAACUCCCACCUCUACCACCUCACCAACAGCCACGCCCACCCCUCCACCAACGACCACCUUUACCACCUCACCAACGGCCACUGCCACGCCUCCACCAGUGCCCACCUCUGCCACCUCACCAACAGCAACGCCCACACCUCCAUCAACGACCACCUCUACAACCUCAUCAACGGCCACAGCCAGCCCUCCACCUACGCACACCUCUACCACUUCACCAACGGCCACGCACACCCCUCCACCAGUGCCCAUCUCUACCACCUCACCAAUGGUCACGCCCAGCCCUGCACAAAUAACCACCUCUACAACCUCGCCAACAGCAACGCCCACCCAUCCACCAACAACCACCUCUACAACCUCACCAACGACAACACCCACCCAUCCACCAACGCCCACCUCCACCACCUCACCAACGGCCACCUCUACCACCUCACCAACAGCCACACCCACACCUCCACCAAUUACCAGCUCUACCACCUCACCAACGGCCACGCCCACACCUCCACCAGUAACCAGCUCUACCACCUCACCAACAGCCACACCCACACCCCCACCAAUAACCAGCUCUACCACCUCACCAACGGCCUCGACCAGCCCUCCACCAACACCUACCUCUACCAGCUCACCAACGACCACACCCACGCAACCACCAACAACCACCUCUAAAACCUCGCCAACAGCCACGCCCACACCUUCACCAGUGACCACCUCUACCACCUCACCAACAGCCACGACCACCCCUCCAACAGCGCCCACCUCUACCACCUCACCAACGGCCACGCCCACACAUCCACCAACAACCCCCUCUGCCACCUCACCAACAGCCACGCCCACGCCUCCACCAACAACCACCUCUACCACCUCAUUAACGGCCAGGCCCAGCCCACCACCAACUCCCAUGUCUACCACCUCACCAACAGCCACGCCCACGCCUCCAGCAGUAACCAGCUCUACCACCUCACCAACGGCCAUGCCCACACCUCCACCAAUAACCAGCUCUACCACCGCACCAACAGCCACACCCACGCCUCCACCAGUAACCAGCUCUACCACCUCACCAACGGCCACACCCACACCUCCACCAGUAACCAGCUCUACCACCUCACCAACGGCCACGCCCACGCCUCCAGCAGUAACCAGCUCUACCACCUCACCAACGGGCACACCCACACCUCCACCAACAACCACCUCUGCCACCUCACCAAAGGCAACGCCCACCCAUCCACCAAAAACCACUACUGCCACCUCACCAACGGCCACGCCCAGCCAUACACCAACGCCUACCUCUACCACUUCACCAACGGCCACGCCCACUCAUCCACCAACGCCCAGCACUACAACCUCAUCAACGGCCACAGCCAGCCCUCCACCUACGCACACCUCUACCACUUUACCAACGGCCACGCACACCCCUCCACCAGUGCCCACCUCUACCACCUCACCAACGGCCACGCCCACACAUCCACCAACAACCCCCUCUGCCACCUCACCAACAGCCACCCCAACGCCACCACCAAUAACCACCUCUACCACCUCAUCAACGGCCAAGCCCAGCCCACCACCAACUCCCACCUCUACCACCUCACCAACAGCCAUGCCCACGCCGCCACCAACAACCACCUCUACCACCACACGAACAGCCACGCCCACCCCUCCACCAACGACCACCUUUACCACCUCACCAACGGCCACACCCACGCAUCCACCAGUGCCCACCUCUACCACUUCACCAACAGGCACACCCACACCUCCACCAACAACCCCCUCUGCUACCUCAUCAAAGGCAACGCCCACCCAUCCACCAACAACCACUACUGCCACGUCACCAACGGCCACGCCCAGCCAUACACCAACGCCUACCUCUACCACUUCAGCAACGGCCACGCCCACGCAUCCACCAACGCUAAGCUCUACAACCUCAUCAACGGCCACAGCCAGCCAUCCACCUACGCACACCUCUACCACUUCACCAACGGCCACGCACACACCUCCACCAGUGCCCACCUCUACCACCUCACCAAUGGUCACCUCUACCACCUCACCAACGGCCUCGACCAGCCCUCCACCAAUACCUACCUCUACCAGCUCACCAACGACCACACCCACGCAACCACCAACAACCACCUCUAAAACCUCGCCAACAGCCACGCCCACGCCUUCACCAGUGACCACCUCUACCACCUCACUAACAGCCACGACCACCCCUCCAACAGCGCCCACCUCUACCACCUCACCAACGGCCACGCCCACACAUCCACCAACAACCCCCUCUGCCACCUCACCAAUAGCCACGCCCACGCCUCCACCAACAACCACCUCUACCACCUCAUCAAAGGCAACGCCCACCCAUCCAUCAACCACUGCCACCUCAACAACGGCCAUGCCGAGCCGUACACCAACGCCUACCUCUACCACUUCACCAACGGCCACGCCCACGCAUACACCAGCGCCCAGCUCUACCACCUCAUCAGCAGCCACAGCCAGCCCUCCACCUACGCACACCUCUACCACUUCACCAACGGCCACGCACACCCCUCCACCAGUGCCCACCUCUACCACCUCACCAAUGGUCACGCCCAGCCCUGCACAAAUAACCACCUCUACAACAUCGCCAACGGCAACGCCCACCCAUCCACCAACAACCACCUCUACAACCUCGCCAAUUUCAACGCCCACCCAUACACAAACGCCCACCUCCACCACCUCACCAAUGGCCACUGCCACGCCUCCACCAGUGCCCACCUCUGCCACCUCACCAACAGCAACGCCCACACCUCCAUCAACGACCACCUCCGCCACCUCACCAACGGCCACGCCCACCCCUCCACCAAUGACCGCUCCAUUACCUUCACCAACAACUCCCACCUCUUUCCCAUCGACAACUACCACAACCACCACUGCCACAGAAAGGACUACUUCGGUGACAGCCACCACUACGACAUCCAUAGUUACAUCAGAGCCCACUACAACUGUAACCACCACCAUGCCUACAGCAGAAUCAGUCACCACUGUCAUAACUACCCUGUCCACCGCCGGAUCAUCAACCACCCCAUGUGUGCCUGACUGUAAAUGGACUGGCUGGUUUGAUUCUGGUAAACCCGACUAUACUCAAACAGGUGGAGAUGUUGAAUUGACCGAAGACGUCUGUGCAGGCUGGGCAGCAAACAUAUCCUGCAGAGCCACAGCAUACCCCGACAUUCCAAUUGGAGAACUUGGACAGACAGUGGUGUGUGACAAAUCUGUUGGUCUGGUGUGCAAAAACGAAGACCAAAAGUCAGGGGGGACCAUCCCCAUGCCUUACUGUCUCAACUACGAGAUCAACGUUUACUGCUGUGAGUGUGCCUCUGGGCCUUCGCCACCCACCACCCCUGCAACCACCACCACGACCACAACCACAGGGAGCACAACACUGGCAUCCACGCCCACACCUCCACCAAUGCUCAGCUCUACCAGCUCACCAACGGCCACGCCCACACCUCCACCAAUUACCAGCUCUACCACCUCACCAACAGCCACACCCACGCCUCCACCAGUAACCAGCUCUACCACCUCACCAACAGCCACACCCACACCUCCACCAAUUACCAGCUCUACCACCUCACCAACGGCCACGCCCACACCUCCACCAGUAACCAGCUCUACCACCUCACCAACAGCCACACCCACACCCCCACCAAUAACCAGCUCUACCACCUCACCAACGGCCUCGACCAGCCCUCCACCAACACCUACCUCUACCAGCUCACCAACGACCACACCCACGCAACCACCAACAACCACCUCUAAAACCUCGCCAACAGCCACGCCCACACCUUCACCAGUGACCACCUCUACCACCUCACCAACAGCCACGACCACCCCUCCAACAGCGCCCACCUCUACCACCUCACCAACGGCCACGCCCACACAUCCACCAACAACCCCCUCUGCCACCUCACCAACAGCCAUGCCCACGCCUCCACCAACAACCACCUCUACCACCUCAUCAACGGCCAGGCCCAGCCCACCACCAACUCCCACGUCUACCACCUCACCAACAGCCACGCCCACGCCUCCAGCAGUAACCAGCUCUACCACCUCACCAACGGCCAUGCCCACACCUCCACCAAUAACCAGCUCUACCACCGCACCAACAGCCACACCCACGCCUCCACCAGUAACCAGCUCUACCACCUCACCAACGGCCUCGACCAGCCCUCCACCAACACCUACCUCUACCAACUCACCAACGACCACACCCACGCAACCACCAACCACCACCUCUAAAACCUCGCCAACAGCCACGCCCACGCCUUCACCAGUGACCACCUCUACCACCUCACCAACAGCCACGACCACCCCUCCAACAGCGCCCACCUCUACCACCUCACCAACGGCCACGCCCACACAUCCACCAACAACCCCCUCUGCCACCUCACCAACAGCCACGCCCACGCCUCCACCAACAACCACCUCUGCCACCUCACCAAAGGCAACGCCCACGCCUCCACCAACAGCCACCACUGCCACCUCAACAACGGCCACGCCCAGCCAUACACCAACGCCUACCUCUACCACUUCACCAACGGCCACGCCCACGCAUCCACCACCGCCCAGCUCUACAACCUCAUCAACGGCCAUAGCCAGCCCUCCACCUACGCACACCUCUACCACGUCACCAACGGCCACGCACACCCCUCCACCAACCACCCCAUGUGUGCCUGACUGUAAAUGGACUGGCUGGUUUGAUUCUGGUAAACCCGACUAUACUCAAACAGGUGGAGAUGUUGAAUUGACCGAAGACGUCUGUGCAGGUUGGGCAGCGAACAUAUCCUGCAGAGCCACAGCAUACCCCGACAUUCCAAUUGGAGAACUUGGACAGACAGUGGUGUGUGACAAAUCUGUUGGUCUGGUGUGCAAAAACGAAGACCAAAAGUCAGGGGGGACCAUCCCCAUGCCUUACUGUCUCAACUACGAGAUCAACGUUUACUGCUGUGAGUGUGCCUCUGGGCCUUCGCCACCCACCACCCCUGCAACCACCACCACGACCACAACCACAGGGAGCACAACACUGGCAUCCACGCCCACACCUCCACCAACGCUCAGCUCUACCAGCUCACCAACGGCCACGCCCACACCUCCACCAAUUACCAGCUCUACCAGCUCACCAACAGCCACACCCACGCCUCCACCAGUAACCAGCUCUACCACCUCACCAACAGCCACACCCACGCCUCCACCAAUUACCAGCUCUACCACCACACCAACAGCCACACCCACGCCUCCACCAAUUACCAGCUCUACCACCUCACCAACGGCCACGCCCACACCUCCACCAGUAACCAGCUCUACCACCUCACCAACAGCCUCACCCACACCCCCACCAAUAACCAGCUCUACCAUCUCACCAACAGCCACACCCACGCCUCCACCAAUUACCAGCUCUACCACCUCACCAACGGCCUCGACCAGCCCUCCACCAACACCUACCUCUACCACCUCACCAACAGCCACAGCCACACCCCCACCAAUAACCAGCUCUACCACCUCACCAACAGCCUCGACCAGUCCUCCACCAACACCUACCUCUACCAGCUCACCAACGGCCACACCCACGCAACCACCAACAACCACCUCUAAAACCUCGCCAACAGCUACGCCCACGCCUUCACCAGUGACCACCUCUACCACCUCACCAACAGCCAGGCCCAGCCCACCACCAAGUCCCACCUCUACCACCUCACCAACAGCCACGCCCACGCCUCCACCAGCUACCACCUCUAUCACUACACGAACAGCCACGCCCACGCCUCCACCAACAACCAGCUCUACCACCUCACCAACGGCCACGACCAGCCCUCUACCAACACCUACCUCUACCAGCUCUCCAACGACCACACCCACGCAUCCACCAACAACCACCUCUAAAACCUCGCCAACGGCCACACCCACGCCUUCACCAGUAACCACCUCUACCACCUCACCAACAGCCAUGUCCACACCUCCACCAAGUCCGACCUCUACCACCUCACCAACGGUCCUGCCCACUGGUCCACCAACGAUCACCUCUACCACCUCACCAACAGCCACGACCACCCCUCCAACAGCGCCCACCUCUACCACCUCACCAACGGCCACGCCCAGCCAUACACCAACGCCCACCUCCACCACCUCACCAAUGGCCACUGCCACACAUCCACCAGUGCCCACCUCUGCCACCUCACCAACAGCAACGCCCACACCUCCAUCAACGACCACCUCUGCCACCUCACCAACGGCCACGCCCACCCCUCCACCAAUGACCGCUCCAUUACCUUCACCAACAACUCCCACCUCUUUCCCAUCGACAACUACCACAACCACCACUGCCACAGAAAGGACUACUUCGGUGACAGCCACCACUACGACAUCCAUAGUUACAUCAGAGCCCACUACAACUGUAACCACCACCAUGCCUACAGCAGAAUCAGUCACCACUGUCAUAACUACCCUGUCCACCGCCGGAUCAUCAACCACCCCAUGUGUGCCUGACUGUAAAUGGACUGGCUGGUUUGAUUCUGGUAAACCCGACUAUACUCAAACAGGUGGAGAUGUUGAAUUGACUGAAGACGUCUGUGCAGGCUGGACAGCGAACAUAUCCUGCAGAGCCACAGCAUACCCCGACAUUCCAAUUGGAGACCUUGGACAGACAGUGGUGUGUGACAAAUCUGUUGGUCUGGUGUGCAAAAACGAAGACCAAAAGUCAGGGGGGACCAUCCCCAUGCCUUACUGUCUCAACUACGAGAUCAACGUUUACUGCUGUGAGUGUGCCUCUGGGCCUUCGCCACCCACCACCCCUGCAACCACCACCACGACCACAACCACAGGGAGCACAACACUGGCAUCCACGCCCACACCUCCACCAGCGCUCAGCUCUACCAGCUCACCAACGGCCACGCCCACACCUCCACCAAUUACCAGCUCUACCACCUCACCAACAGCCACACCCACGCCUCCACCAGUAACCAGCUCUACCACCUCACCAACAGCCACACCCACACCUCCACCAAUUACCAGCUCUACCACCUCACCAACAGCCACACCCACACCCCCACCAAUAACCAGCUCUACCACCUCAUCAACGGCCACACCCACACCCCCACCAAUAACCAGCUCUACCACCUCACCAAUGGCCACGCCCACACCCCCACCAAUUACCAGCUCUACCACCUCACCAACAGCCACACCCAUACCUCCACCAGUAACCAGCUUUUCCACCUCACCAACAGCCACACCCACACCCCUACCAAUAACCAGCUCUACCACCUCACCAACAGCCACAGCCACACCCCCACCAAUAACCAGCUCUACCACCUCACCAACGGCCACGACCAGUCCUCCACCAACACCUACCUCUACCAGCUCACCAACGACCACACCCACGCAUCCACCAACAACCACCUCUAAAACUUGGCCAACGGCCACACCCACGCCUCCAGCAACGACCACCUCACCAACGGCCACGCCCCCUGCUCCAUCAACGACCACCUCUACCAACUCACCAACAGCCACGUCCAGCCCUCCACCAACGCCCUCCUCUUCCACCUCACCAACGGCCACGCCCACGCCUCCACCAACAACUGCUUCUACCACCUCGUCAACGGCCAUGCCCAGCCCUCCACCAACGCCCACCACCACCACCUCAUCAACGGCUGCGCCCACGCCUCCACCAACAACCACCUCUACCACCUCGCCAACGGCCAUGCCCAGCCCUCCACCAACGCCCAUCGCCACCACCUCAUCAACGGCCACACCCACCCCUCCAUCAACGACCACCUCACCAACAGCCACGUCCCCUGCUCCAUCAACGACCACCUCUACCACCUCAUCAAUGGCCACGCCCACCCUUCCACCAUCGACCACCUCUACCACCUCACCAACAGCCACGCCCAUUCCUCCACCAACACCCACCGUGGUCCCCACAGGUGGGAGCUCCACAGCGCCUCCAGGCACGACCACCUCUUCCAAGACCCCUCCAAGCAAUGGGACCACACCCACCAUGCCCGAGACCACCAGCACCUCGGCCUCCAGGGCGCCGACCCCCACGCUGAGCCCGCUUGUCUCUCCCAGCAUCAGCAUGAGCACAGGCCAGGGACUCACCACCGUUAGUUUAGUCAUAUGCUGCGUCCUGAAUGGCACAUACUACGGCCCAGGUGAGCUGGUGUACAACGGAACAUUUGGAGACACCUGCUAUUACGUGAACUGCUCAGUGAACUGCACCUUCGAGUUCCACAACUCAUCCUGCCCCUCAACACCCUCCCCAACACCCAGCGCACCAACGCCCAGCUCGCCCUCCACACCGACCCACAUCUCUCCAGCCACCACCAAGCCCCCUGCAUGCCCAGACUUUGAUCCUCCCAGACAGGAGAACGAGACCUGGUCGCUGUGUGACUGCAUCAUCGCCACUUGCAAGCACAACAACACCGUGGAGAUCGAGGAGGUGAAGUGCGAGCCCCCGCCCAUGCCCACCUGCUCCAAUGACCUCAAGCCAGUGCAAGUCAUGGACCCCGAUGGCUGCUGCUGGCACUGGGAGUGCGACUGCUACUGCACAGGCUGGGGGGACCCGCACUUCGUCACCUUCGAUGGGCUCUACUACAGCUACCAGGGUAACUGCACCUACGUGCUGGUGGAGGAGGUCACCCCCACCGUGGACAACUUCGGGGUCUAUAUUGACAACUACCACUGUGACGUCAACGACAAAGUGUCCUGUCCCCGCACAAUCAUCGUGCGCCAUGAGACCCAGGAGGUACUGAUCAAGACCGUGCAGAUGACGCCCAUGGAGGUGCAGGUGCAGGUCAACGGCCAGACAGUGGCACUGCCCUACGAGAAGUAUGGGCUACAGGUGUACGAAUCGGGCAUCAACUACGUGGUGGACAUCCCCGAGCUGGGCGCCCUCAUCUCCUACAAUGGCCUGUCCUUCUCCAUCAGGCUGCCCUACCACCUAUUUGGCAACAACACCAAGGGCCAGUGUGGCACCUGCACCAACACCACUGUGGACGACUGCAUGCUGCCCAGCAGGGAAGUCAUCUCCAACUGCGAGGUCGCAGCUGACCAGUGGGUGGUGAACGACCCCUCCAAGCCACACUGUACACACAGCAGUUUCACAACCCAGCACCCUGUCCCCACGAAGCCAGGGAGCAACAAGACCUGCACCGAGUCUCUUCUCUGCCAGCUCAUCAAGGACAGCCUGUUCGCCCAGUGCCACGCCCUCGUGCCCCCCCAGCGCUACUACGAUGCCUGCGUGUUCGACAGCUGCUUCGUGCCCGACUCGGGCAUGGAGUGUGCCAGUCUGCAGACCUACGCGGCCCUGUGUGCACAGCAGGGCAUCUGCAUCGACUGGAGGAAACACACCCAAGGGACCUGCUCUGUGACGUGCCCAUCUCACAGGGAGUACAAGGCCUGUGGCCCUGCACAGGAAUCCACCUGCAAGUCCAUUUCCUCCCAGCAGAAUAGCACGGGCCUGGUGGAGGGCUGCUUCUGUCCUGAGGGCACCAUGAACUACGCCCCCGGCUUCGAUGUGUGCGUGAAGACCUGCGGCUGCGUGGGACCUGACAAUGUGCCCCGAGAGUUCGGGGAGAGCUUUGAGUUCGACUGCAAGGACUGCACCUGCCUGGAGGGCGGACGUGGCAUCGUCUGCCAGACCAAGAAUUGUGACCAGAAGUCCCCCACCCAGUGCGAGGAGGAUGGCACCUACCUCGCCACGGAGGCCAAUCCAGCCAAUCCCUGCUGCAACAUCACCUUGUGUAAGUGCAACACCAGCCUGUGCAAGGCGGAGCCCCCUGUGUGCCCACUGGGGUUCCAGGUGAAGAGCAAGAUGGUGUCCGGAAGGUGCUGCCCCGUCUACUGGUGUGAGCCUAAGGGCGUGUGUGUUCACGAGAACGCCGAGUACCAGCCCGGUUCUCCAGUUUACUCCUCCAAGUGCCAGGACUGCAUCUGCACCAGCGCCGUGAACAGCAGCACCAUGCUCAAUGUCAUCACCUGCACCCACGUGUCCUGCAACACCUCCUGCAGCCCCGGCUUUGAACUCCUGGAGGUCCCUGGCGAGUGCUGCAAGAGGUGCGUGCAGACACAUUGCAUCAUCAGCAGGCCCGGCAGUGAGCCCGCCGUCCUCCAGCCUGGGGACGUAAAGAGCGACCCCACGAACAACUGCACGUUCUUCAGCUGUGUGAAAAUCCACAACCAGCUCAUCUCAUCCGUCUCAAACAUCAGCUGCCCCGACUUCGACCCCAGCAUUUGCCUCCCGGGCUCCAUCACAUUCAUGUCGAACGGGUGCUGCAGAACAUGCACCCCACGCAACCAGACUAGAGUUCCCUGCUCCACCAUCCCCACCAUCAGGGAAAUUUCUCAUGCUGGCUGCACCAAGAACGUCACCAUGAAUUAUUGCUCAGGGUCCUGCGGGACUUUUGCCAUGUACUCUGCCGAGGCCCAGUCCCUGGACCACAGAUGCUCCUGCUGCAAAGAGGAGACAACCAGCCAGCGCGAGGUGCUCCUGAGCUGCCCCCAUGGUGGCUUGCUGAACUACACCUACACCCACAUCGAGAGCUGCCUGUGCCAGGACACUGUCUGCGAGCCCCAGUGGACCAGCGAAGACACCUCCGUCCGUGCCCGGCGCUCCAGCCCCCGGCGUCUGGGGAGGGAGUGA